CAUAGUAGCGGUCCACUCUCUCUCUCCUUCUUCCUCGCCCUCAACGCGUAUUUCAUUGGAGCACGGCGCUAUAGGAUAAUACACGCGCUCCCGCGAUACAACACAUUUUGGAAACAUCUGCCGUCUUUUAUAUUUUCCUGCUGUUCCCCUCAUCUAUAACGCAAUCAGUUAUCUAAGAAUUCAGUUAGAAAAUUGAAAGUAAGGUUACAUUUGUUCACUACCUAAAAUAUUUUAAAUAGAGGAGAAACGCGGGAUUCCGGUGCAUUUCCAUUCGUCAUGGCUUUGCUGCAGCGGGAGAGGAGGAGAGCUCCGUUCGUUUCUCUGUUGCUCGGCUUUAUCGGAGUCUGCUUGGCAUUCACACCUAAUAAGGCUGAAGAGGAGGAUUAUGAGGACGUUCCCAUAAAUAAAACCUGGGUUUUAUCACCUAAAGUCGACGAGAGCGACGUCACCUCCAUCCUAAAUAAAUUACUGCUGGGCUACGACAACAAACUGCGCCCGGACAUCGGAGUACGACCCACAGUGAUCGAAACUGCCGUGUAUGUGAACAGCAUCGGGCCUGUGGACCCUAUUAACAUGGAGUACACCAUUGACAUCUUCUUCGCUCAGACGUGGUACGACAGUCGCCUGAAGUUCAACAGCACCAUGAAACUGCUGAUGCUCAACAGCAACAUGGUGGGCAAGAUCUGGAUCCCGGACACCUUCUUCCGCAACUCCCGCAAGUCCGACGCCCACUGGAUCACCACACCCAAUCGGCUGCUGCGUCUCUGGAGCAAUGGGCGGGUCAUGUACACUCUAAGGUUGACUAUUAAUGCGGAAUGCUACCUAAAGCUGCAUAACUUUCCCAUGGAUGAACAUUCCUGCCCCCUGGAGUUCUCCAGCUAUGGCUACCCUAAAAAUGAGAUUAUGUACCGCUGGCAGCGUCGGUCCGUGGAGGUAGCAGAUCAGCGGUACUGGAGGCUCUACCAGUUUGCCUUUGUGGGACUGCGCAAUGCCACUGACGUCGCACACACACAGUCAGGUGAAUACGUCAUCAUGACCAUCUUCUUUGAGCUGAGCAGAAGGAUGGGCUAUUUCACCAUCCAGACCUACAUUCCCUGCAGCAUGAUCGUAGUGCUCUCCUGGGUCUCCUUUUGGAUUAACAAAGAUGCUGUGCCAGCAAGAACUUCACUCGGUAUCACCACGGUGCUCACCAUGACAACCCUGAGCACCAUCUCCAGGAAGUCGUUGCCAAAAGUGUCCUACGUGACGGCCAUGGAUCUCUUUGUGUCCGUCUGCUUCAUCUUCACCUUCGCAGCUCUCAUGGAGUACGGCACCCUCCACUACUUCACCAGCAACCGGCAGAGCAAGAAGGCCAAAUCCCAGCCCCCCAACAAAUCUAGCAUGAUGGACAUCAGGCCGGGCACAUCCCUGCUGCAGAUGAACAACAUCGUCCCGUACCAUGACGAUGACGACUUUGCCUACGAGUGUCUAGACGGGAAGGACUGCACCAGCUUCUUCUGUUGCUUUGACGACUGUCGCUCGGGGAGGUGGAGAGAGAACAGGAUGCAUGUGCACGUCUCCAAAAUCGACUCCUAUUCCAGAAUAUUCUUCCCCACCGCAUUCGGCCUCUUCAAUCUUGUCUACUGGGUCGGGUACCUGUACUUGUAAAGUAAAUUAUGCAAGUUUAGGAAAUUGUAGCAUAGUGUGAAUGUGUGUGAGAGAAAUGAAGGGAAAAUGUGAUGCUCUCUACAACAAUGUGGCACUACAAUAUACAAAUACACACACAAAAGUGUUAGGAAUAUUUGUAUUUGUUCUCAUAAAACUAUCAGGUAAAAGCCAAUUCAGAAUUGAAACCUGAAAUAAGGAGUGGGGAAGUUAAUCUAUAUGUGUCUGAGAAAAGUGUGUGUGGCUGAGGGAAAGAUACUGCGAAAAAAGCCUGAGGAAAGUAGAUGAUUUGAUUUGUAACAAAAAGGCACAAGAUCAUUUGAGCUGACUUUUCUUGUCAUUUUCACACUUUCACAGAAAUACUCAUUUCUCUGACACCCAUAUUUUUGAGGACUUUGAUUAUUCUAGAAAAUUAUGAAGCAUUAUGUUAGUAAUGGGUGCAAUAAUGCUAAUGGAAUUAUUUUUUUUAUUUCCACAACACAGUUUUUAUUGGGUUGUGGAGCUUGACAUUUAUGAUUGUCAAGUAGUUGUAUGCAUGUUUUAUCACAGAGUAUAAACCCUCAUUUAAGGUUACACUUUCUACAAUUGAAUUUAUUACUGAAUAGUUAUACAAUAAUUUUGCACUACUGCUGAGAUGACUUGCAAACUGUGUAUUUGCAGGCUAUGCAUGAAUGACAAACAUGCUAAUAUAAUGGGAAUUACCACAUAGUAUGUGUAAUUACCAUAUUGCUACGCAUUUAUUACAUAGUAAUGCAGAGAAAGUGUAACCAUAGACAGCUUAUUCAAGGAAUGUGUGCUAUUUAUGAAGGAAGGAACUGCAGGGGGUUCACCUUGCUCUGUAGCAUUCUAAUGAAGAUAAUGUACUUUGAAAUGUGCAUUCUCUACAACAGUAAAGUUGGGAAAGUUAGAUGUUUGAUCAGCUGAAGGCCAGGAUUUAUUGCCUGGCAUGUAUUUCUACAGAGGCUUUUCGAAUCAGAUCAAAUGGAGCUUCUAUUCAUAAGAUCAGUGUUGACUUGACUCUCCAUAGGAUCCAUCAAGGUUCAAAAUCCCUGUGCAUAGCCCUUCUUCCUCCAGAUGCUGAUGGUGUGCAAUAGAACUAUUGAAAAGUCAAAAACUAGUAUACAUCGCACUCUGGAGGGUAUAUUUUGCUGCCUUUUUGGCGUGAACGUUGACUCUUCAUAGGGUUUAACAGAUUUAGAAUCAGAUCACAGUGUUGAUGUUUUUCAAAAAUGUAAAAUUUUAUUUAUCAAGAAUACAGUUUCCCUCAAAGGUACUGGUUGACUUUUUUUACAGUGAAUAAGAUACACUAUCAGAGCAUUUACAGACGAAUCUGCACCCUUUUUAAAGGCAGUUGUUUUCUUUCCUGCUUUUAUUUUGUUUGUUAGAUUGGCCAUCAGCAAAGGUGGCCAGGCCCUUUGUUUUUGUUUUCUUCGUGUACCAUACCCUCUCAAAAGCCCUUGAUGGGGGACAUGACCUCUGAGGUGUUUUUUUUUGUUUGUGUGUGUUUGU